GCGAAUCUGAGAUUUCGGAAGAUUCGAUCGAUUUUGGGGGUUUUAGGGUUUAAUCUCUGCCGACGAACUACUUAUCAAUGGCGCCACCUCCAGGACUUUACUCCGGCACCAGCACUCUUGCUCUGGUUGCUCGUGCUUCGGCUUUCGGGUUGGGUCUCAUCUACGGCAACAUCAAGCUCAAGGCUUUGAAGAUAAAGAAGAAUUCACAGAUUAAGGCGGAAGCCAAGGCUCAUCACUAAACCAACUCUUCUCAAUAAGAAUAUGAAGCCAAGUGAUUGUUGCCUCUAUAUGUAGCUGUUUCAUCCUUUAAUCUAUAUCUCCCUUCGGUGACGUUUUGUCGAUUUUUGUGUUUUUGAUGAAUCAAAAUCUUUUGUCUGACAAAGCAAUCGUAUACCAUUUUGGUUUAAACCUGAGCUCCUCUUUGGUACUUUGCUAUUCAAUAAACACCAUCUUUUUAU